AUGAAACUCUUUGUUCUUUGUCCACACAGUUGUCUAAAAUUUUGCACUGGUGGUUCUAGUGAGAGUAUUCAAAAGAGAGAACUGUACUUCAAUAACGUCUGUGCUUCCAGAAGCUUUCAAGUAUACAUCUGCAUCACAGUCACUGAUUUGCCUCCUGAUGCUCUUACUGUAGACUUCGUGGCCACACCAAAGCAGAUCAGAGAGCCGAUGAACGUUGAUGGCUUGACAAAUGAUGAGGUGAACAGGCAUUUGCAGGCGGAUGAAGUGGCAAAUGAUGAAGUGAAAAGCCAUUUGCACAUUGAUGGUUUCCACAGUGGCCACACCAUUUACAGUCUGGUUCUCCUCAAGGUCCACUUCAAUAUCUAGGAAAAGCUUGAACAUCUGUUAAUGGAGAUAGCGGUGGAGAAGAAGAUGGUUUAUCUGAUGAAGAAGCCAAUUAACUCAAAACAAAAAAAUUAUCAAAUAAUGACAUAAAGAAACUGAGGAGUUGGUGACCCAUAGAGGGUUAUCAACAUAUCCCCAGGGGUGCUUGGGCUCAGUCAAUAGUUGAAAGAGCUUGGGCAGAGAGAUUUUGCAUACUUACAGUUCUCUCUCUUAUUUUGUUGUUUCUUUUACUAUUUUUUAUGUAUGAGGUUUUAUGUAAACAUCCACCGAGUGUAUCUAAGGAGCAUGGGUUUUAACUGUCCAUAGAACCUUUCCUGGUCUUCUUUCUCUGUAAUAUCAUUUGUUUUUUUGUAAAUUUUCCAUUGGUACAUCAGAGGAAUGUUACCUUUUUAUGUUUAUGAUACAUGGAGAAAUGGGUGGCCUAUACAUCCAAAGUCCACUUUCUAUGGCAUAUUUGUUACUCUCUUUGCUUUCUUGUUGGCAUCAAACAUUCUUUUCU